AUGGGCGGUGACUGGGACGAGGCCGAUGAAAGAGUAGGAAGCCGGGCGAAAGGUGGUUUCAGACAAGCCCAGAGUACAUGUCCGGAUCACUCGACAGAGCCACUGAAGCUCAAUAGCAAAGUGGCUGCGUCAAUGCCACUAACAGCCGCCAUUUUCCAGAACUGGAACUUCGACCAGGUUCCUACCGACACCAACCUGAGAGGUGGCGGCUGUGUUCAGUCUUUGCCCUGCGAUGUUCACAGUAAUGAUACACAUCUACCUGCCACUAUGAUCGAGAUUGCAGAGAAAGGACAUGUUCAGCAAGUAUCAGUGCUACAACCUUCGCAAGAGGCUGGACAGGAUGAGGAUGAGGAUGAGAACAAGGCUCUUUCCGAGCUUCCAGCAUGGACGGGUUGGGCUGAGCUAGAAAACGACCCCGAUAUCUUCACCAUCAUCCUUGAGGAGUGGGGUGUUCCAAACGUACAGGUCAACGAAGUUACCGCCAUCGAACAACUCAUUUUCGAAGCAAAUGCCUCAGAUAUCCUAGGCCUGAUCUUUCUCGCACGUUACGUGCCUCCCGAAGAGGCCGACACUGGACGACCAACAUCUGCAGCUCGUCCAGCGGAACCAUGGUUUGCUAAUCAAAUAUCGAAGUACAGUUGCGGCACCGUUGCUCUUAUGAACAUCCUUAUGAACUCCACUUCAGAUCAUGCUGAUAAGGAUCUUAGUGAGAUCUUGUCCGCCUUCAAAAACUCCACCUUGUCUCUUUCCGCAAAACAACGGGGUGUAGCUCUUGACACAAAUCCUCAAUUUCGAAAUAUUCACAACUCCUUCUCUACCCAGCUCGAUCGCAUGAUCGUCGAUGUCUUGCUGAAGGAAGACGCUCAGAAACACAAAGCAAGAAUGCAGGCCCAAGCAAAGCGUGACAAGCAAGCUGCACAACAAACCAAUGGCAACAGCACCAGCACGAAACGAAAGAGAGGGAAGACGACCUUCACACAACGAAGGAAGCGAAAGUCGAUAUCUGACGCAGACGAAGAGGACGAAGCUGGCUUUCACUUUGUCGCCUACCUCUCUCAUCAGGGUGUGGUCUGGAAAAUGGAUGGCAUGCAGUCACGUCCUACCUGUCUAGGCUAUCCAACUCCAGAACAGACCUGGUUGAAUGCUGCAGCCACUGACCUGAUACCUCGGAUGCAGGAGGCAUUCAAUAGUGGCCAGAAUUGUAGUUUGAUGAGUCUUACGAGGACAAGUGAUCGAGGCACUAGCACUGAGCAGCAGAUUCAGGCGAGAAAAUUAGAGAGUGAACGGAGACAGGAAGACUGGGCGCCUUUCAUCGAGCAUGUGCUUCGGCUUCAUGCUGAAAGGGGAGAUUUGCAGGAAAUGCUAGGUUUCUAG